UGUUUGUCAAAUGGCUAAUAACAAGAAAGCUAACAGAAAAGCUAACGGCGGAGUUUAGAUCCUCAUACAUCUAGAGUUAUAAAUCUGGAUCCACAGACGUGAAUGAGGUGCUGCUCUCUGUAAGUGCUGCUUCUUCCAGGAUGGGCCAGCAGAUCUCAGGUCAGGCGGUCAUGAGCCAUCUGCCUGAGAAGCUGGUGAAACACGUUGGGCUGGUGCGUGAAAGUGGCUACGUCACCUAUGAGGAGUUUCUGGCCAGAGUAGCUGAACUGAACGAUGUAACGGCCAAGUUAGCUGCUGGACAGCAGAAACACCUGCUGUUUGAAGUGCAGCCUGGCUCUGAUGCUUCGGCCCUGUGGAAGGUGGCUGUCAGGAUUGUCUGUACCAAGAUCAACAAAGAAAAUGGUACGGUGGAAGCAUCACGGAUCAUGAACCUGUACCAGUUCAUCCAGUUGUAUCGUGACAUUACCAGUCAGGCUGCUGAGGUGCUGACAGCUGAGGGUUCCAUCAAGGACCCGUCAGCCCAGCUGCCCUCCACGGACUCCUGCCAGGCCAGCAUGUGGAUGGGGAGAGUGAAGCAGCUGACCGAUGAGGAGGAGUGCUGCAUCUGUAUGGAUGGAAAGGCCGACCUCAUCCUGCCCUGCGCACACAGCUUCUGUCAGAAAUGCAUUGAUAAAUGGAGUGGACAGAGUCGAAACUGUCCAAUAUGCCGUCUGCAAGUGACCGCUGCCAACGAGUCGUGGGUGAUGUCCGAUUUUCCCACAGAGAACGACAUCGCCAAUUACAUCCUCAACUUGGCUGACGAGGCGGGCUGCCCACACAGGCCUUAACGUGCGCAGCAGCCAGCCAAGUCCAUAGUAAGAGAUCUGACCGAUUUACAUGCUGAAAUUCAAAAAGUUUAUUUCACUGACAAAACUUUCUCUUUUUUCUUUAUGAGAAGCUAAAUGCAGAAGAAAACCACAGGGUUUCAUUGUAUAUUUGAAUGGCAGACACUGACAUUAAUGCUUUAUUUGCUUUUAGCGCCUAAAAAAAAUCCCGAAAUGCUGUUUGCAGCUCAAGUGUUAUAAAUGUGGUCUGUGCUAUGUUGUCUAAAGUAACCUUUUGUAUAUGUUUGCUCUAAAUAAGUCUAUAUAUUUAUGUAAUUUACACCAGAAAAAUGAAGAACAGACCAAAAGAAUGAAAACUGAGGAGACCUGGUUUAUUGUAGCACUUUAUGAAACAAAUCUUCUUAAAAAACAUUGAUCUCUUCAUUGAUGAAAGAGGUUAAGUGAGCUGUGAGUCCUACAUUUAGAGGUUUGAUAAAUAUGACUUAUUAUUGUAAAUGUUGCAUUAUUCAUGAGACUGUUUGGGGAACGUGUUUGCUUUCGGGAGUUCCAGAGUUGGACUCUUAUCUCCGAGUCAGCCAACUGGAUAAACUAUUCAUGAAGAUAAAUACUUUCAUUUGUUUUUCCUUUAGCUCAGCAGCACCUCCGAAAACUCCUUCAUUAGCUUAAUCUAACUAUUUUAAAUAUCCUCCCUUUACUGGGACUAGAUACAAAACAAUAUAACGGCUGGUUUCAUUGCAGCAUUAGGACAAUAAACAGGUCUGAAACAUUAUCCUAAUGGAAGUACUGACACUAAUGGAAAAAUUUCAGAAGCAAAUUAGCAUAUUUUUCACACUUUUGCCUGAAGUGCAAAUUCAAGACACCAAACACAUUCCUAUUAUCUGCUAAUGUUUCAGUGUUUUCUCAUAUAGAGCUGUUCAGAAGUCUUUGCACAAUAAUCCUUCAUGUUAAGGCUCAUUGUGACAUGCCAUAGGAGUGCUUUAUGUCAUAAACUGGCCUUUAAUGCAGCUCCGAGUUUUCUUUGAGUGCUCAGGACAUGUUGGUUCUGCAUUGUUGACCUGGCUUUGCUGUGGUUUCUUCACUGUUUGAAAUCACCUUUAUUUCUCUUGUUUUUUUACUUAAUUAUGUUUAAAUGAAUUGAAUCAGACUUCUGUGGAAAUGCUGAACAGAAAACUUUUGGUUUUACUUAUCAUGCCUGUAUGUAUAAUAUAAUAAAUACCAUGUUUAGUGUAAAAGGCAGCACUUCAGUUUAACCUGACUUUUGGUUGGAUAGUUAUUAAACUAAGUGUUUUUUUAUGAGUGUUUCUAUUCAGUUUGGUUCAGACCCAUUAGCUUAUUUAUUUGUGAUGAUUCUGGAGGAGCGUCUCAAAACUCAAGUAUUUAAAAAAAGUAAACUUUUUAAUAUUUAGUCAUAUUUUAUUCCACUGGAUUUUAAGUUUUUUUUUAAAUAUAUAUUGUAAUGUUGUGACAUUUAUCACAAUGGCUCUUGUUAAACGGUGCAAACGAGGAUUGUAAUAAAUAAUUUGCGUUAAAAUCUUUUUUGGUUGCCAGUGUUAAAACUUGCACAGAUUUCUGAGUUAAACUACAUAAAAAUAACUAACACUGUAAUUCUUUCAUGAUGGAGCAGUGAAACAUAUAUUUGCUCAGGUUGGACAGAGAUCUGAGUCUGAUGUACAGUUGCAUGGUUUCUUCAAAAUCAUUAGUGGGAAAAUAUUAAGAGCAGGGAAAUGUGUGAAGCACCUAAACUCACAUUACUGUACUGUAUGUAGUUGUUUUCAUAUAAACUGAACACAUGUACUGUAUAAUCUGAUGUUGCAGCCUCAAUGUGGUAGCAUUAAUCUAUAACUACACUGAAUCCCCAUCUGUACUGAAGGAAUUUAACUGGUGAGGCUAAACUGAAGUGGGUAUAAUGAACUGAAAGAUUUGUCUAUAUUAAAGAUGUAGAUUUUACACUUUACUACUGUGUAAUGAUGGGUCGAACGUUUUACACAACUCUGCUUCGUUUAUACUUUGUUGUUAGUGUCUGUUUAUAUUAUACACCAAUUAAAGGCUGUUUUUUAUCCUAUGUCAUCAGAAAAUUUAUGCAAUAAAAAUUAAAAAGCUG